CUUGGCGUCCAACGCUCCAAAAAAGAGAAAAUGACGGCAGCUGGCCUCUCCCGAUAAGGCCACUAUCGCGCCGUUCGUGACAGACCAUCAUUCCAUUCUGUUUCCAUUGCGGGACUCUCCAGACGAGGACAGCUCUCGCCCUCCGUUAAAAAGCGCCUCGCUGCCCGACGUCAAUCUGCAAUACUCAUCGGCAGCUACGCAAACCCUGCCCCCCCCCCAUCAUGGACGACUUGAAGCACUACCUGGAGUACAUCCUCACUCCCUCGACGCCCGUCUUCGUCGUGGGCGCCUUGAUCGUUCUUCUUGCCCCCCUCCUCGUCCACCUCUACAUCAGCAGAUCCUCGCCAUACACAAGCCUGCCUUCUAUUCUGCUCGUCGGCCCGCCCGGUGCUGGCAAGACUUCGCUACUCACACUGUUCGAGCGCGGCGACAAUGCCCCUUCCACCCACACCUCUCAAAUUCCUCACGCCGUCGAGCUGACCAUCUCCACCGAUAACGGAGUGCAAUCCUAUCGCGAUGCGGCAAAGGAAGAUGCCCCGGGGUCCCACACCAAGUUCCUCCUGUCCGAUACACCCGGCCACGGCAAGCUGCGCAACUUCGCCAUGAGCAAGAUCAACGACAAGGAUCCCCUGAAGGGCGUCGUAUUCGUGCUUGAUGCCUCGGCCCUGGACGAGAGCCUGCCUGCAGCAGCGAACUACCUCUUUGACGUCUUGCUAGCAUUGCAGAAGCGCAUGGGCGUAGGAAAGACAUCCAAGGCCCCCCAGGCUGUGCAUGUCCUCAUUGCCGCCAACAAGACGGAUCUCUUCACGGCACUCCCUGCGUCCUUGGUCAAAAGCAACCUAGAGGCCGAACUCGGCAGGAUACGAAAGAGCAGAAGUAAGGGUCUGAAGGCCUCCGGGGUCAGCGCAGAUGAGCUUGACGACGAAGACAGCGAGGAUUGGCUUGGCGAGUAUGGCUCUGAGAAAUUUGCCUUCAGUCAGCUGAGGGAGUUUGACGUCGAGGUUGAUGUCAUGGGCGGCAGCGUGCUCGAGGGCAAGGUAGACAAGUGGUGGGAGUGGAUCUCGGAAAAGGUGCAAUAGGCUGGGACUCAAUAAUCAACAUAAUCGUAAUCAUCACACACCAAGAGUCGCAUCGAGUUACUGCGCUUGUGAACCUUGACAUUAUUGUG